AUGAGUGUAACAUCAUGGUUCCUGGUGAGCAGCUCGGGGACUCGACACCGCCUGCCCAAGGAGAUGAUCUUUGUGGGCCGAGAGGACUGUGAGCUCAUGCUGCAGUCUCGUAGCGUCGACAAGCAGCAUGCCGUCAUCAACUACAACCCGACCACUGAUGAGCACCUGGUGAAGGACCUGGGCAGCCUGAACGGGACGUUUGUGAACGACUUGAGGAUUCCUGACCAGACCUACAUCACCCUGAGGGGGGCGGACCUGAUCCGCUUCGGAUACGAUUCUCACGUCUACGUUUUGGAAAAAAGUCAACACAAAGUCCCAGAAGAGGCUUUGAAGCAUGAGAAGUACAGCAGUCAGCUGCAGAUGAGUCUGAAGAAGACGGAACUGGAGGAGCGACCAAGAUCUGAGAAAACACCAAGUACAAAGAGUACACAAGAGGCUCCGACGUGUCGGCCCACUCCUCUGUAUGGUCAGCCAUCUUGGUGGGGCGAAGAGGAUUAUGGGAAUAAAGUUCAGACCAGCGAUGAACCUCAUGCAGAAGUCCAGAGAGACUUGUUGGUGGAUCUGGACUUUACCGGAUCCCUGCCAGACUCGCAAUCGAAGACCGCUUUCCCUCCAUACCACCGUGAGCCGAGCUACUUUGAGAUCCCCACCAAGGACUUCCAGCACCCGAAGACCUUAGGGGCGGAGCUUCACGAGAUCCCCACCAAGGACACGGACACACCACAAGCCCCGCCACCCCCCUCCACCCCGACCCCACCCGUCGUUCAGAGCCACGCCUCCUUCACCAUCGAGUUUGAUGACUGCAUGCCCGGCAAGAUCAAGAUCAAAGAUCACGUCACCAAGUUCUCCACCCGCCAGAGGAAGCAGCAGGCUCCACCCAACAACCCCAUCACAACAGCCACACUAACAGAUGUGAUGUCAGCGGAGAGCAAGGUGGUCGAUUGGCUGGUCCACAGCGACGUCAGCAUGAUGAGAAGACGUCCGCCGUGUGAAGAUGUUUAUAGCACCAAGAGCGACCUCGCCAUCAACAUCAAGACUCUCAGAGGUCACCAUCAUGAUGAUGGAACCCAGAGUGACUCAGAGGACCCAGUUCUCAAAGGGGGGAGGAGUAAAUCUCACCACUCCAUCCAAUCGGAGCAGUCCGAGGCGUCGCAACAGACGAUCCAAUCAGGGCCGUCGAUCCACUGCCAGCCGCCUCCAGUAUCGCAUUCCUCUCCACCCGGAUCGUCCCCAGCCUCACCUGUGGCCCCUGAGCGACCUCUGUCCCAGAGUCCUCCUCAGGACCAGUCCCCCACUGCAGAAGAGCCCAAGCAGGGCCUCCCUGAGCACCUCCCCCAGCAGGCCUUUAUCAUCGAGUUCUUCGACGACAACCCGCGCAAAAAGCGCUCGCAGUCCUUCACGCACAAUCCUGCCCAUGCAGACUCGUACUCCGCCCUGAAGGCCAAGCUGGAGCGCCGGAAAGGCGGUGAGAGGCCAGCGUCCGUGCACGGCCACAUCCCUCCCACCCAGCAGGUGACGGUUCCCCUGAAGGGUCAAGGCCAUGGUGGCCCCCAGAGAUCCAGCUCUCUGAAGAGGGAGAAGACUGAUGGGGAGGUGGCCUCCUCUGGUUCCUCUUCUCGCUCCUCCUCGGGUAUCGCCAGCAGACCCUUCAGCAGUGUCGGGAAGAAGUCCAAGCUCGCCCAGGAGUUUGCUGCUGAAUUCCUGAAGGAUUCUGUUCGACAGGAUUCUUCCCCAACGAGGGACAAGAUGUCCCCUCCCCCGAUGUCUGCACCGCCGGUGAUGGUGUCGCCUCCUCAUGCAAGAAUUCCUUCCCCCCAAGAAUCUCUGGCACCUUCCUCAGUCUCCUAUCCCACUUCCCCCUUGCAGCCUCCAGUAAUGUCAAAGUCCUCAACCCUCACCAAUGCUGCAAUCCAGACCGCUUCUCCGGUCCACUCCUCAGGGCCUCCCAUGUCCCCCAAGCUGCCCCUGGGCAUCCGGGCAGGAGACCCCAAAGCUUCCCAGAGGAUGAUGAGGAACGAGGAGGACGACAGCCUGAGCGAUGCUGGGACCUACACCAUCGAGACCGAGUCGCAGGACAAGGAGGUGGAGGAAGCUCGCAACAUGAUCGAUCAGGUGUUUGGUGUCCUCGACUCUCCAGAGUACAGUGGUGUGAACACAGGAGUGUAUAGACCUGUAAUAAAUGAUGGCAAGGAUGAGCAAGCUAACCUGCCUAGCGAUGGUAGCACUGUGGACCCGUUGCAUGGCUUUAUCCCAGCUGCUAUCAGCGGCCCCCCAACAGGCCCCAUACAGGUUCCAUCUGCUCAGGCGUCAGGUCUGGAAGGACCCAAGUGGGUUUCCCGUUGGACCAGUCUGGCAGACAGCUAUGCCGAACCUGGAUCCACUCCACCUCAAGGGGAAUGUCUGGAAGAUUUGCGCUUCAUCAGCCGGUCAAUGGGACAUUACAGCUACGAUAACUCUGAGUCAGAGUCCAGCCACAGCUCCAGGACAAGAAGGCUGCUUCCCCAGGUGCCUCCAGAAAAGCUGGAUAGUGUUCCCCCAAGCAUUCUGAUUCGCCAUGAGCCUUACCAAGUCCAAGAACCUCUGGACAGAGUCACCGGCCCUCACCGGCCACAGGACUCCACCCAGCGCCUGUCCGUUCAGGAUGAUGUGGACCCAGAUAGCCUCAGUGACGCCAGCCGCUCGGAUGACGGGCCUGUUCUGGAGAACACAAAGAAGAAUCAAGCCAGGAGUGGAUCUUUGUCUCCAGGGGCCGCUGGUCCUCUGUUCAAGGGUCCAGAGAAAGUGUCUCCCUCCUCCAAAUCCACCUCUUUCUACAUCGGUUCUGAAGACAGUCCAGGCAAACCUGACCAAGCCCGGAGCCCGGUACAGUCUGAGAGGUCACGCGACCCCCCGGCAAAACCCCCCCCCACCACCGUCCUGAUCCGACACCUGAGUGGACAUGAACCCAGGAAAACCGUUGUCAAACCCAACAGCUCUGCUCCAAACCUCCAAAUACAGGACAAGGAUUCUGUCCCCACUAAAGACAGCUGCAUAUCAUACAUCGUCAGGCAGGAAAGCUUCACCAAAGACCGGCCCAGCAACACCGUCCAGAUGAAGAAGCUUCCCCACAUCUCCAGCCACCCAUCCAUCAGAGAUAUGGAGCAGAGGAGGGAGACCAUCAAGGACCCACAGUCCUUCCUUCAGGAGGCCGAGGGAACUCUGUCCUCUUUGGACUCUAAGUUCCCCUCAUCCGGCUCCGGUCGUAGCUCAAAGAAAGGAGGCUCCUCCACCCACAUGGAUGACUCUCUCUCUGGUGAGUCGGAUGUGGACACAGCGAGCACCGUGAGCCAGGUGAGUAGCAAGAACGUUCCAAUCGGCUCUGCUUCCAAAAAGCGUGCCGCCAUUAGCAGCCUCCAAAAGGAAAAGUCCUCUUCCAGCCCGUCCAUCCAACAGAAGGGACGGCAACUUUCUGCCCGUGAACGUCUCUCAGAGAAACGCCGAAACCAGACGAUGACGGAUACAGCGAGCAAGGCAGAGGCAGCAAAGCGCUUCCAGAUGCGCCGCAGUGCAGGAAACCGCGGAUCUCUGGAUCUGUCAGAGGGCAAGCCGGGUUCUGGUCAACACUGGACCGAAACAACAUUAUCGGACCAUGAAAUUUCCCGUCCGUCCAGCCGUAGCAAGAAACUCAUCACCCCUCUUCAGAAAGAAGACAAUGGAAAGACACCCAAGACGGCAACACAGCAGGUUUUGACGCGGUCCAACAGCCUGUCAGCACCACGGCCAACCCGGGCCUCCAUGCUCCGACGAGCACGCCUGGGUGAGACUUCGGAUAAUGAAGGUGCUGAGACUGACCGAGGCUCCCAGAAUUCUGACCAUAUCACGGCACCGUCCAAAGUGUCCGCCGAUGGGAAGAAGCUGUCCAGGCUGGACAUCCUAGCGAUGCCCAGGAAGAGAACCGGCUCCUUCACGACUCCCAGUGACAACGAGACGUCCUCCACGGGCCGCUCCGGUUUCUCUAAUCGGAACUCUGAGUCCGUCACCACCGCGCGGAAGACAUCUGUGGGCGACGCCCGCCAGGCAACUAGCAAAGGGGGUGGAGCUUUGGGGAAGCAACCGCUGACCCGUACCCGGUCCAGCGGAGCCAAGUACCCCACCGCCAGUUCCCGUUGCAGACAGAAGGGCUCAGACUUCUCUUCAUCCUCUGAGGAAGAAUACGAGGCGAGUGCAGGGAACCCCAAAGCCAAGCGCUCCUCCCAUCACUCCACUUCCUCCCAGACGCCACGCCAUAGGAUGGCUGCCACCCGAUCCAAGUCUGUCUCCCUGGAGAUGGAGGAGGACGAGGACCAGAGCGAGGUCGACCCAUAUCAGAACUGGUCCACGCACAGCGCGGAGAUCGCCAAGCUAAGCCAGGACUUGGCCAAAGAUUUGGCCAUCCUGGCGAAGGAAAUCCAUGAUGUUGCUGGGGACGGAGACUCGCCGAGCUCCGACAUGGGCACCGCCACUUCGCCCAGUUCGCUGCCAAACACGGCAGCCUCCACCAUCUCUGCCAGGGAGGAGAGGCCAUCUUAUCCAUACUUCUGUUGUGUUGGACCAUCUCAGCUGGUCCAACAUAUCCCUGAGGCCAGUUUAAACUACCAGAAGGUUCCUCCAGGUGUCGUCUCGGACCUGGACGCAAACAUGAAUGAGCCGGAGCCCGGUUCUAAGCAACGCCGUCCGUGGAACCGCGAAGAGGUGAUUCUGGACAACCUGAUGCUGAAUCCAGUGUCUCAGCUGUCUCAGGCCAUUCGAGAGAACACGGAGCAGCUCGCCGAAAAAAUGAAGGUUCUGUUCCAGAACAAGGCCGAGGUCUGGGAGGAGAUCGAGGCCAAGAUCAACGCUGAGAACGAAGUCCCCAUCCUGAAAACCUCCAACAAGGAAAUUACCUCCAUUCUGAAAGAGCUGAGACGAGUCCAGAGGCAGCUCGAAGUGAUAAACACCAUCGUGGAGCCCAGCGGGGGUCUCCAGGCUGCAGCUGUCGUGACGUCGUCUCUCGGUCAGACUCGACCGUCCUCCAGGGAGAAGAAACCUGCCACCAAACCCCGCAGCGCCCCCCCAACCUCUAAUGCCAACACAAGCACCAAAAGACCACCUCGUGGACCCGACGGGGCCCACUACAUGGCCUGA